GGAGAGUCAAUAAGUUCUAGUCAAGAUUCAGAUAAAAGUUUUAAUAUAUACCAGGGGCCCAACCAACAGGACACUACUUGUGGUAGACCAAGUCUGUGGUCUUUUUAUCAUUCUGUUGAACUCGGCAUUACAGACAAUGUUUGAAAAUAUUGCAAAAUCACACUUUACAGCCUGUUUUAUGUUUUUGCAAUCUAAACUACUCCAGAUGCCUAGCAUUUUGGCUUCUGUCAAUCAAAUCCAAAAUGGGCCAAGUGCAUUCCUAGUCAUUCUGAUAUAUUGCCAGUGAUAAAUAUUCCCACAACUCGACAGCCAGCAUUUUCCCAUGGGAAAUAGACUAUUGAGUCAGGAACAUUAAUAUUUCAUGAUCAUAUAUUUGGCCCGUUGCAAAUUUGAUUGAGGGAGGCCAAAAUACCAAAUUCUGGUAUUUAUAUUAAAUUUUCCACAUGAAAUUAUCUCCAAGUAUGCUCCCAGCAUCUCAUAUGAGAAUACAAGUCAAAAGCAUAGUCAUAGGACACCACAGGCAAUUCAUCUUUCUCAUCAACUCCAUUAAAGUCAAACUUUGCACUUUCCUCCUCAAAAUCUUCAGAAUAGAAGUCCAUUAUUUGAGGCUCAACUUCAGGUCCCUUCCCAGGUUUGACUGCACAAGGGGCCCUCUGCAGGGCAUGGGAGCUGAUAAUGUCCCUAGGAACCACAUCCAGUGAGAUCAAAUCAGUAUACUUAUUCUUGUCCCUCUUGAUAUUUACAGCUUGAGCAACUUUUUCAACAAAGUUGGUUCUUGCAGCUUCAGAAUUCUCGAGCUCUUCGGCUAUUGCUAUGGCAGGGUUGAAUUUGUUUUUCUGGAGGUCUUGGAGCUUGCUGCUAAUUCUUGCUGAAGAGUUGAUGAUUGGACGCUCAAGACUGAAGGACAUCGAAAUACGAGGUUCGAAGACGAUUAUUGAAGAAUCUGAAGCCCUGUGGAAUUAUUAUACGGACUUGACUCCCAAGAAGGAAGAGGUGUCCAUCAAAGCGUCUACACGAGCUAAAGAAUUUUACUUGGAAGCAAGUAAGAAUGCUUCUGCAAUGCUAAGCAAGCAUGUGGAUCUCUCUCAUGAUGUAGCGAGACAGAUGAGACUUAUUCGGCGAAAUGCAAUGCCAAAUUUACAAAAAGACGUGGAAGCUAUAGAGAAACUACAAGCAAACUUGACAGCGAUAUUCAGCAAUGGUAGAGUCUGCAAGAACAGCACAGAUAGCAGUAAUUUUUGCAUGCCACUCUUUCCUGACUUGAACAACUUGAUGGCGAAGUCGCGGGAUUAUGACGAGCUUGUGUGGGCUUGGCGUGGAUGGCGCGACGCCGUAGGACCUCCUAUGAGAGCCCAGUAUAAAGAACUUGUUGACAUGUUGAAUCGUGGUGCUAGUGAACAUAACUGGGGAGAUUAUGGUCACUUUGUAAGGAGCGAAUACGAAAUGGGAAAUGAUUUGAUUCCAGUAUUAAACGGUCUAUGGACUGCAGUCAAACCAUUGUAUCAAGAACUUCACGCCUACGUGCGCUAUCAGCUUAAAAAGCAUUACAAAAAAAUGUCUCCCGAUGGACCAAUCGGUGCGCACCUCCUAGGAAACAUGUGGGCUCAAGACUGGUCAGCGAUCUAUGACCUUGUGCAACCGUUUCCUGAUGUUGCACCCCUUCACGUAACGCCUAACCUCAUCAAACAGCAUUAUACACCGAAGAAAAUGUUCGAGUUAGCGCAGUCGUUUUUUGUUUCAAUAGGACUUGAUGCCAUGCCAGCAUCUUUCUGGGACAAGUCGGUGCUGAGUAAACCAGAGAAUAAGUCCAUGGUGUGUCAUGCAUCUGCUUGGGACUUUUGUCAAGGGGAUGUACGAAUCAAAAUGUGCACUAGUGUCAACCAAGAUGAUCUUAUUACUGUACAUCACGAGAUGGGCCACGUUGAAUACUACCUCGCUUACAAAGACCUUCCUUAUGCUUACCGAACUGGAGCCAAUCCAGGAUUCCAUGAGGCAAUAGGGGACACUAUAACACUCUCUGUGGAGACCCCUAAGCAUCUUAAGUCAAUAGGACUACUGUAUAGUCUCAAUACUAGUGAUGAGGCGACAAUCAACUUCCUAAUGUUGCAAGCACUACGUCGUGUUGCUAGUUUACCAUUCACCUAUCUCGUCGACAAAUGGCGAUGGAAAGUUUUCGCGGGAAAUAUCAGGCCCUCAGAAUACAACGCCGAGUGGUGGAAACUGCGUACUUAUUACCAAGGCAUCGUGGCCCCAGUCCCUCGCUCCGAGAACGAUUUUGAUCCUGGGGCCAAGUUUCACAUUGGCUCCAAUUCACAAUACAUCUGUUAUUUUGUGAGCUUAAUACUGCAGUUUCAGUUUCAUCAAUCAUUGUGUCGGUUAGCCAAACACGAAGGACCGUUACACGAGUGUUCUAUUUACAAGUCAAAAGAAGCUGGACAAAAAUUCAGGGAGAUGCUUGAAGCAGGAAGCAGUCAACCAUGGCCUCAGACGUUACACCACUUAACAGGAGAACGCGAGAUGUCUGCCAACGCGAUACUCGAAUACUUCGACCCUCUAAAAAAAUGGCUGUUCACUUACAGACAAGCUCACAAAUAUCCCCUGGGGUGGGGAAAACUGAAGAAACAAGGUACAGCUAAUGGAGUAAGAAAGACAAUAAACAACAGCUCACUAAAGCCCAAGGCUGAUUCUUUAGCUGCCAAUCCCAAAGGCGUGUCUUUUACAAAAGCUAAGAAUUCAAAUGAUGGUUUAAAUUUACCUGAUUUGAAAACCGCGCUGGAAGAAUUGCAGCCAGGCAACAGCAAAACCACUGUAAAUAAAAACGAGUCUCUCCUUGAAGCCAAGUCUUCCAUUGUCAAAGCCAGGCCAAUGUUCUUACCUAACAAAGUCAAAGAUCAGCUAAACCUUGGUUAAAACACAACCCAGCGGGUUAUUGAUAGUGGUACCAAACGAUACAGGUCGUGUGAUGGACAGGCAACCGUUGAUCACUCUGAGACCGGAGUCGCACGCUACAAAUUGUAAUAUAUUCACAGCCAAUCAACGUAGUUUCCUUUUAGAUUGGAAUAUGAAGCACGACCUUUGACUUUAGAAAUGUGAGUUUUCGUAUUUUAGCCAGAAAAAAAAGCACAACAAUUUCUUUUAGUUUAAGAUCGCCCAUUUCGGAUCACGGACAGACAACGGCGAUUUAUUAAAAUAGGUAAAAGUUUAUUCAGAAGUAGCAGUAGUGAGCUUCGAAAGACAAAUCUGUGAUGACGGUACGUUAUAUUUAUUGGUCAAGAAAUGGAAAGCUUUGAUGAAUUCGAAGGUCUACAAGGACUCACCAAACUUGUAAAUUGAAAAAUCAUGGCUGUUGUCUUGCAUAUUUUCUAGCUUAUUAUACAAUAUGGCUUCUUUGUUGUCAUGGCAAUGAGAAGUUAUCAACGAAACAACAGCUCUUUAUUCAGUAGUUGAACAAAACUUACAUGUCUACCGGAGAUUACGUUCCCAUGGAAAUUCGACUUCAAAUUUAAGGGCCCUAGGAUUUCGUGAUGUUCUAAAAAGCGUCACGUUAGGAGCGCAGUUGACUUUUCACCCUUUGGUCGAUUUUCUUGUACAAAAACAUGUACAAAAAUAGACGACAAAAAUACACUCAAUUACCACCAACCUGCAGGGAACAAUGCGAUGAAAGACGACCCCUUGCAGCAAGUUUCCCAAUGCAUACGACUUUGGAGGGCUAAACAAUAAAAUAUUACUCCCACAAAAAUUAAAAUUAA